UUGAGAAACCCUUGCAAAAGACAAACGAUACGCAAGCGUUCCAAUCAAUCAGGUUUGGGCAUACCUCGGUAUCUUCGUGACCCGCUUUGUUAAGCCCACUGUCCUUGGCGAUGCGUGAUGGCUGGGUUACAAGAGGGGCGAUAAGUCCUUACCAUAAGGACGAUUGUGCAACGCUGUGUUCAACCUUCCAUUCUUGUCCAACGUGCUUCCUGACGUUGCUCAUUCACGAUGGCUCACAACGACUUCGAGAAGGAUCCGACGAUGAUGAAGGAGGAUGUUGGUUCGAACGAGGAUGGAUAUGUUUGCGAAUUCACGCCAGAGGAGCAGAAGAAGAUCAUUCAUCGCAUCGAUCGCCGUCUUGUGCUUACAGUAGGAGUUCUGUACUGCAUUAGUUUGAUGGACCGAACAAACUUGAGCGCUGCUUCCAUUGCUGGCAUGAACGCUGAACUGAAACUCAAUGUUCUUGCUGGCGGUGUCUCUCGCUACUCCGUCGUCACCCUUGUCUUCUUCAUCACAUAUAUCUUGUUUCAGCCUCCUUCGACCGUCAUCAUUCGAUACCUUGGACCUCGCAUCCACUUGUCGGUCAUCGUCGUAGCAUGGGGAUCCGUCAUGAUCGGAAUGGGUUUCGCGAAAAGCUGGACAGCUCUUGCCGCACUACGGGUGAUUCUUGGUAUAUUGGAAGCUGGAUUCUUUCCAAGCUGCGUAUACCUGCUCUCCUGCUGGUACACACGAUAUGAUAUUGGAAAACGGUACUCUGUCUUCUAUUGCCUCGGUAGCCUGGCUUCGGCUUGCGCUGGAAUCUUGGCCUAUGGUUUGAUGCAACUCCAAGGCACCGCAGGCUAUCUCGGUUGGUCGUGGAUUUUCAUUGUCGAGGGGAUUCUGACAUGCGUCAUGGGUAUUGUCUCGUACUGGCUCCUCGUCGACUUCCCAGACAAAGCCCAUAUGUCUGUGGGAUUCCUGAAUGAACGCGAAGCCAGAUUCAUUAUCAACCGAGUCAAUGAAGAUCGUGGUGACGCUAGGCCAGAGCCUUGGUCCACAGCGAAGUUCUUCCGCGGCGGUGCUGACAUCAAAAUCUGGGGAUUCGCCUUGAUCUUUUUCAACACGACGACUGUGACAUACGCUAUUGCUUACUUCCUGCCGAUUAUCCUACGUGGCAACAUGGGCUUCUCGAUCGGCGCUUCGCAAUGUCUUGUUGCUCCACCCUACGCACUGGCUGCCAUUCUCAUGUACACGACGGGAUGGCUUGGCGACAAGUACAAGACCCGUGGAAUCAUCAUUGUGGCAAACAUGGUCAUCUGCUUGAUCGGUCUUCCCUUGAUGGGCUUUCACAAGAAUCCUAACGUCAGGUAUUUCGGUGUCUUUUUGACAGUGGCAGGCGCGAAUUCAAACAUCCCGGCUGUCAUGUCCUAUCAAGCGAACAACAUUAGAGGGCAAUGGAAGCGAGCGUUCUGCUCGGCGACUCUUGUCGGUAUGGGAGGCGUUGGAGGUAUCGCUGGCAGCUUGGUUUUCAGGACACAGGACUCGCCGGCGUACAAGCCUGGAAUGUACGCCUGUAUUGCGUGCUGCUUGUUCACACUUCUCCUUGUGAGCUUGAUAACUCUGUUGUCAUGGUCUCAAAAUAAGCGUGCCGAUCGCGGCGAAGUCGAGCUGGAAUAUACAGGCGAACAUGAUCAGAAGGGUUUCAGGUAUACUUACUGAUGCUGUUGCUUGUACGGGAGGGGUCAUUUCUAUGGUGCCAUCGAGGGCC